UUUCUUCCCCUCUGCUCUAUAAAUCAGUAACACUUAGCUCAAUUAUAUCUAAUUUUAUCCACUUUAUUCAGAUUUUUUUUUUCAUUUUUAGCUGCUGUUAAACCCUUUGAUGAGGGGAGUAGCGGCGUCAACAUCAGCUUGGAGGAACUGUUAUGCCACCGAUAUUUAUGGAGAGUUCGUAUUACGCGCCACCUCACACCGUCGUCGCGUCUCGGCCGUCCAUGGGAUUCCCUCUCGGCACGGCGCUGCUCUUGAUCCUAAUUUUCAGCUUGAGCGGCAUCUUCUCUUGCUGUUACCACUGGGACAAACUCCGAUCCUUCCGCCGACGCUCUCAUUUCUCUAACGCCGCCGAUCUCGAGGCUUCCGCCGCCGGCCACGGCCCCCAUAAACCUAAACACCUACCUCAGAAGUCGAAGGAGAAUCAUAUGCAGACUUUGCCGGUGAUAAUGCCCGGCGAUGAAGUACCUAAGUUCCUGGCAUUGCCGUGUCCGUGUCAGCCGCCGCGGCCCGGGAAGGCCGUGGUGGUGGAAGUGCAGAAGCCGCCGUCGCCGCCGCAAAUGCCACCCAAACCGAUUCGUGGGGUUGAAGCAGUGCCAUUCGAUUAGAUUACACCUCUCGUACGUCAUCAUAUCGUUGAUUCUUCAAAGUGAAAACUGACCAUUUGCUUCGUGAAGCGGUGGACAGGGGACUCCCCCUC